ACCCUUCUUUACUUCCGUUUCCUUCUCCGACCUCCUCCCCACCCUCCAUAAGCGGUUUUCAGGCCAUGUUGUCUGCUUUUCCAGCCAUACCGUCCUCCGACGGAUUGUUCGGCGUCCAAUUCCCUUCUUUCGACCCCGGCUUUCCGCCGUGGGAUUUUCAAGAGCCUUUCUUUUCUUUGGUACAACAAGAACCCCCCAUUUUCUCCACUAAACCGCAAGAACCGGUUGUCACUGACUCCGGUUCGGAAAACCUAAACCCUAAGCCUGUCACUUCAAGCUCCGGUUCGGGUGAUUCGAACCGUAAUCCAAAACAUAACAGGAACAAUUCAGGCUGUGGUUCGGAUGAACCGAACCGGAAGGCUUCAGUUCAAGACGAGCGAAAGCGUAGGCGAAUGAUAUCUAACCGGGAAUCGGCUCGGCGAUCUCGCAUGCGAAAACAGAAACAAUUGGAGAAUUUGAGGAACCAUGUGAGCAGGCUCAGAAUUACAAACCGGGAACUCAUGAACCGGCUGCGCAUAGUCACGCAGCACUGCCAUCUGGUCCGAAUAGACAACGAGCGGCUCUCGUCAGAAUCCGCCAUGCUCCGGGAAAAACUCUGGGCCGUACGCCAAGUUUUGCUUGUCCGGGAACUUGGACAGAUCUCUCCCUUUGCAUGGCCAUGCAGUACAACUACAUCAACGUCCAUCAGUCCACAAAACCCACCACCUUCAUAAUCCCGACACAUACACAGAGACAUAUAUAUAUAUAUAUUAUAUAAUUUCAUCACUAAAAGUACGCCCUUAUAAUCGCUCUCUAAAAGAUGAUGAAGAUCAGCCAAUUCUCUAGUUGUCUCUCUCUAUGUGUAACUAAUUCUUAAGCAAAGGAAGUGAUGGGUAUUAAUCCCAAUGGUUUUUGUGGAAAA